UUUCGCCGUUUCCGCGACUAGACAACGACUCGGCUUGUCCCUCGCGGCGCGCACCCACUCCACUCCACUCGCCCCGAUCCCACGCCAUGGAGCUCCGCGAGCUGGGCGGCACGGGCCUCCGCGUCAGCGCCGUCGGCUUCGGCGCCUCCCCGCUCGGCCACGUCUUCGGGGACGUGCCCCGCGACGCCGCCCGCGCCGCCGUCCGCCGUGCGCUCGACCUCGGCGUCAACUUCUUCGACACCUCCCCGUACUACGGCGGCACCAUCUCGGAGUCCGUUCUCGGCGACUGCCUCCGCCACGCGGCCGUCCCGCGGAACCAGGUCGUCGUCGCGACCAAGUGCGGCCGCUACAAGGACGAGGGCUUCGACUUCUCCGCCGCCCGCGUCACCCGCAGCAUCGACGAGAGCCUCGCCCGCCUCGGCCUCGACUACGUCGACAUCCUCCACGCCCACGACAUCGAGUUCACCCACCUCGACCAGAUUGUGAAUGAGACGAUUCCGGCGCUCCAGAAGAUCAAGGAGAGCGGGAAGGCGCGGUUCAUCGGGAUCACGGGGCUGCCCCUCAGCAUCUACCCGUAUGUGCUUGACCGGGUGCCGCCAGGCUCGGUGGAUGUGAUCCUGUCCUACUGCCACUUCGGGAUCAACGACACCUCUCUGGUCGAUCUGCUCCCCUACCUGAAGAGCAAGGGCGUUGGGGUUAUCACUGCUUCGCCUCUUGCGAUGGGUCUUCUCACAGAUAAUGGGCCACCGGACUGGCACCCUGCACCUGAACAACUUAAGUUGGCAUGCAGGGCAGCCGCAGAGCACUGUAGCAAGAAGGGGAAAAGCAUCACGAAGCUAGCUAUGCAAUACAGCUUGAUGAACAAUGAAAUUUCAAUAGUUCUUGUUGGAAUGAACUCUACAAAACAGGUGGAGGAGAAUGUGGCUGCCGCACUGGAGUUGUCAACAUCAGGCAUUGAUGAAGAACUUCUGCAUGAAGUUGAAGCAAUUCUUGAGCCUGUGAAGAACGUGACUUGGCCUAGCGGUAUCCAGCAGGCCUGACGGCCAAUAGCAGCGUGCUCGGUUGAAAGCCCUGACCAACAUUAACGUAUCACUGCCGGUUGAUUCAGUCAAUUGUAUGCAUCUGCAUCAUAUGAUUGCUGAUUGCAAAUUGGCAGUCUCGUAUGGUUCUUGGUAUAGUUCUUGAUGAAAGCGAAAGAAGGGGAGUGUUGGGAUUUUAUGGGCGAGUCCUCAAGCAAUUUAGACAUGUCAAGCAAAGACAACAUGAACAAUAAAAGAUCGAUGCUGAUCAAUGAAUAAGCAUUUCCCAUACAACGGGGAUGGAUUGACACAAAAUAUUAAUUCGGUUGCCAAACAA